AUGAGCCUUGCUACUGACUGGAAGGUAUGUCUGGACGGCAGUGCCCCUAACGCGGGUGAUCGCGAGAACAAUCCCCCGGCCACCGCUAGGCGUGCGAAUGGGGAGGACGCUAAGCACUACCGAAAUCAAAUUAGCGAGAAGAAGGAUAUAGACCACCGGAAGAACCUCAGCUUUUCUCUGGUCAAUUUCAACGGGUAG